AUGCUUGAAAUAGAUUUUGCAGAACCAAAGUUAGAUAUUCUCAAGAUGCUCAGUACAUCAUUUCAGACUAAAGAUCACACUGCAAUAGAGAAAUACCUCAUUGAAAAUGGUGCAAGUGCAUUCUACGAUAAAAUGGUUGCCAUGAAUCUUCUGAAAUCCAACAGCAAAUUACGUAAGAAGAUUGAAGCAGCCAAAGAGCAGAAGCUGAAUGAAAUCAAGAACAAGAACAGAAAUGAACUGGAUACUGAAGAUGCCAUUAAAGACUACAUCAGUUUCUAUGCCAAAGCAUUUGACUUGGAUAAUUUCAAGAGCAAGGUAAAUGAGUUGCUGGAAAUCGAUAGAUCGAACAGUCUGCUUCUUGACAUCCAGUUCUGCUUGAUUAGAAUGGCAUUGAUUCUGGGAGACAAGAAGAUGCUUCAUGAAAACAUCGAAAAAGGCAAGGAUAUCGCCACUGUCUCAGAUUGGGACCGAAAAAACAGAUUCAAAGUUUAUUUGGGUCUCUAUUCGUUACAGAAGGCGAAAUUCAGGGAGGCUGCUGAUUAUUUCUACGACUGUCUUGCGUCGUUUGAGGCCUCUGAGACAGUUGAGUUCGAAGAAAUCAUUCUCUACCUGAUUUUCAGUGGCCUGCUCUCGUACAGCAGAAAUGAGCUGGAAAAGAAGGUGGUAAACAACUUCGAAGUGUUGAAAUUCAAAGACCUGAUCAAACUGCCUGAAGCAUUCUACAACUGCAGUUACCCCAAAUUGUUUGACAACUUGCUUGAAUUUGUUUCGAGAUUUGAAAAUGACAUUUUCAUUGGGGACUACAAGCAGUUUUUCACCAAAGAAAUGGUCAUCAAAAGCUACGCCCAGUUUCUCCUCAGCUACCAAUCGGUGCAUCUGAAGGCAAUGGCCGAUGUGUUUGGAGUCACCGAGAGAUUCCUGGAAGAAGACCUGAGAAUGUUCAUCAUCAGUAACCGCCUGAACUGUGAAAUUGACAAAGUGGACAAUUUGAUCGCAGUCAAAGGCAUCGAAUGCACCAGAACCCUUGAAAACGAGUUUGUCCUGUCACAUGAAAUUAUGAAAGAUGUUCGAAAAUACAUAAACAAAUAG